AUGGAUAGAGAGGAAAUUUUAGAUACUUUAACUGAACAUGAUUAUGAAAAUUCUUUUAAAAUUGUCAAUUGUUCUUAUAAUAAACAACUAACAGAGAAUCUUUCUAAAUCAACAAAUUGUGUAAUUUAUCAAGAUCAGGUAUUAUUAUAUGAAAAUAUCAAGGCAAUUAUAGUUAAUUUUGGAAAGUUAACUUCAAUAAUAGUAAACAAUAGUAAUGAAUCUAAGAAAAAUGUUAGUUGUUAUACUGAUCAAUGUACAAAUACCUGUUUAAAAAUAUCUAAAUAUAUAGAUGAAUCAAAAGAUAUUGAUUAUCUUAUUCAGAAGACUAAAAAUAUUAAUAUACAAAAUGAAAAUUCUAAUGAUCAACUUGAUUUAAAUUUAUAUGAAAAUCCUGAAAAUACAAACGAUAAUAUAAGAUAUAUAAUUAAUGAGUCAAUAAAAAUAUGUGCUAGAAAUGAAGAGAAUUUAAUAAAUGACAUUAAAACUAAACAACAAAAUAUUGAAUCUCUUAAUAGUAAAAUUGAAAAUGCUAAGCUUCGUUUGUUUAAGGUUAAUCAAUUAAGUCAGUUGUUCGAAGAGUCAAAUUUAGAUGAUGAAGAUGAGACAAUAACAGAAGAUGAUAUUAUUAAUACAAAAGCUGUAUUAGAAAAGUUAGAAAGUAUAGGAGAGGAACGUAGUAGAUUAUUGGAAGAUCUUUGUGUAAAAGUAAAUGUAAAAGUAGAUGAUAUUGAUAAAAUUCUUUCCCAGCCAAAUAAUUUUAAUAAUCAAACAGAAAUCAUUACGAAUUCUGAUAGCGAAGUAGAAGAUAUCACAUCAGAAAUUAUUCAAUUGUUAUCAAUGAAAAUUAAUGACAUAAAAAAAGAAAAUGAAAUUAGUAGAAAAUUAUUAAUUGAUAAAAAAAAGGAACAGGAUGAUUUAGAACGUAGGUACAAAAAGGUAUUAGAUGAAAUGGAAUUGUUUACUUUUUAA